AAGAAGAAGAAGAAGAAGAAGAAGCAGCAGCAGAAGAAGAAGAAGAACAUCUGUUUGGUUAAGCUAGCUGCAGCAGCUGUCACAAACGAGUUGUGGAGUACGCUUAUCAAAUGCAGACAAAUGUGGAAAUGAAAGGUGUGUGUCAGUGCCAUAAGUAGCCAUGAUGGAUGGAGAAGCCCACAGGGCGACUGUGUCCGGGGAAAAUGGGACACUUGCUCCUGCAGAUCGCCUCCGCUCAGAGAGAGCUGACAGCCCGACACCAGGUCUGGUGGAGGGAACUGAACCAGGUGCUGGUCAGAAAAGUGCUAUGUUUGUUCAUGCACAGUCCUUUGAAGAUCUGACUGCGGAGGCUGCAGGAGAGACUCAGGCUGACUUGGAGAAAUCAGGAGGAGAUAACGAAGAGGAGUAUAAGGUGCUUGUUGGGGAGAAAACCACAGAGAAGCAGCAAAGCAAUGAGUUUUCAUCAGAGAGUAGGACUAAAGAGGAAGACAUAUGUAGCGAGGCGUGGCGCAGCCAUAGAAAACAUGUGUUUGUGUUGAGCGAGGCUGGAAAGCCCAUCUAUACCCGGUAUGGCACUGAGGAGGCUCUGUCUAGCACCAUGGGGGUGAUGAUGGCCCUGGUAUCUUUUGUGGAGGCUGAGAAGAACAUUAUCCGCUCCAUCCAUGCAGAUGGCUGUAAAGUGGUUUUUCUCACCAAGAGUCCUCUGGUCCUUGUGGGCGUGUCUCGGACCUGUCAAUCAGACAAAGAGCUCCUGAGGGAGCUGCAGUACAUCUACUACCAGAUUGUCAGUCUGCUCACCCUCACCCAGCUCAACCACAUCUUUAAGCACAAGCAGAACUACGACCUGCGCCGCUUGCUAGCUGGUUCCGAGUACCUCACAGACAACCUGCUGCACCGCCUGGAGCGAGACCCCGGCCUGCUGCUCAGUGCCGUCACCUGCCUGCCUCUGGCCAGCUCGGCCCGCGACGUCGUCUCGUCCAGCCUGCAGGCCGCCAAAGCCAAAAACCUGGUGUUCUCCAUCCUGCUGGCCGGUGACCGCCUGGUCACUCUGGUCAGGAAAAAGGACCAGUUCCUGCACCACAUAGACUUGCACCUGGUCUUCAACCUCGUUGGCUCGUCCUCGUCCUUCCGAGAGGGUGAGGGCUGGACGCCGAUCUGUCUGCCAAAGUUCAACACUGCUGGAUUUUUCCACGCUCACAUUUCUUACCUGGAGCCUGCAUCCGAGCUCUGCCUCAUCCUGGUCUCAACCGACAGAGAGGACUUUUUUAACAUGUCUGACUGCAAGCAGCGUUUCAUGGAGAGGUUGAGUAAGCGCAGUGCCUACCAGGCCCUGAAGGAGGCGCCUAAAUGUCCCAACUACUCAGUGGCACAGGUUGGCAUCCCAGAGCUCAGGCACUUCCUCUACAAAUCAAAGAGCUCGGGGUUGUACACCAGUCCAGAGUUUCCAUCGGUGUACCAGUCUGAUGAGGAACAGGAGCGACUGAUGGGACUGUACCAGGACCUUCACAGCUGUUUACACCAUCCAACUAGACCUCUCCGCUCAUUCUACCGCUGCAGUGAAACUGAAAACCUGCUGGCUUGGGUGACAAGCGGCUUCGAGCUCUACCUCUGCUUCAGCCCGCUGGCGACCAAGGCCUCGGCUGUCUCUGCUGUCAACAAACUGCUGAAGUGGAUCAGGAAGGAGGAAGAUCGCCUUUUCAUCCUGAGUCCUCUCACAUACUGAGCCGUCGCUGCUGACUGCUUGGAUCACAGCAACCAUCUCAGACUAGACCAGUGAUUGUCAGAGCUAUGCAUUUCUUCAUUCUGGGAUCUGAUUUAACAAGCUGUGUAGUGAAGGUGAACUAAUGCAGUAUUUUAGCUGGAUAGAUUUUUAUCAUUUUAAUUUAAAUAGUUAAAGAUGGAAGCAGCACCAUCAAUGUCACAAAAAGCAGUUUUACUGUGACAGCUGUCAUGUCUCUUACUGUUAUAAACCAGCUGUGCGGUAUUUUAACACGAUGCUCUCCGUUCUUAGAAAUGUAAAAUAAAAUCAGAUUUGAGAAACUGGAAUUAAUUCUGCUGUAAAAUAUGCUGGCAAAACAUGUUCACCACAUUCCUGUUGUGUUUUUAUGAUUCCAAGAAACAUUUCCACUUUACCUCUUUAUGAAAAGCCACUCCGUGAAGGCAACUGGAAGCUGUCGUCAGUUGCUCGUGUCAGCGUGUUAUUCUAACUGUAAAUGAAUCCAAAUGUAAUCCCUGCUCUCUUACGGCUGUUUGUUUUCUUCUUCAUUAACCAUGGAGUGAAACGUGUAAUCAUGGAGGUCCACUGUGUUUCAUGAGAACUUGUUGCCUCGCCUGCCUCCACUGAUCCUGCCUCCUCCAGCAGUUCUAGUGAAAAGCUGUGAGAUGACUGACUGCAGCAGCACAGCGGCAGAGUUACUGCAGUGAAAUAAAGGAGUAGUGAAGCGA